AUGACGCGCGCACAACAAACCAUCUCGUUUGCGCUCCUCGUGAGCUCUCUCUACCUUUGCCUCUUCCUCGAGCUUAUCCCUCUGCCGGAAGUCGUCCAGCGCGACAUUAUCCCUGUGCUUCCCUUCUGGUCCCUCGUCACGCUGGGCGCGUGGCUGCUCUUCCGUCUGGGCUGGGGUCUGCUGACGUUCCGCGACACGCCCGAUGCGUAUGCAGAGCUGAUGGAGGAAAUUAAGAUGGCGAAGGCGGAUUUGCGAAGCAAGGGAGUCGAUGUGGACUAA